AUGGAACGACUCUUCGCAGAAUUUUGUCCUUUUCUCCCCUCUGAAAGUGAACAAUCUGACGCAUCGCGAUCGCAUUUGCCACCUAAUACAGCUGAGGAAGCCCCAGAAGAAUGGGGACUAUGUUCUGAUUUCAUCGACAGACUUCAACAGCGACCGCAGGAUCUUGAGAUCUUUGACUUCAGAGUCCCAUUCCACAUAUUCACAGUACUGAUCGACCUGCGUGAUCGCUUGCGAUGGCAGUUCUCACUUCCUGAGCCGGACCCAGAAGCCUUUCCGGGGAGGCCAUUGAACAAGCCUAUGUCCAAAGCUCGUGCUGAAGCGACCAUAACGAAAGUCAUGGAAAUGAGGAGGCCUCCCUCCAGAAGAACACCUGAUAACGAUCCAUAUAGGAUCAAAGGACGCCAGCUGGCGAGUUACGUAUCUACGGUGACAGGAAUGAAGAUCCGCCUACCAUAUGAACUCUGCGAUGUCAUGUUAUCGACUGAACCGGGUACCCUGAUCAUAAACGACAUGAUGGUGAAAAGAGAGGUCGUCGAAGCCAUCUUGCAGUGCCGUCAUCAUGAUGAAGAGGGUUUAUUCAUUAAUGGCAUUGUGUUCGAGAUCGACGAAGUCAAGAAAGAAAAAGAAAUGGCGAAGGGAAAGGAAUACCUGUCUGCACUGGAUCGUGAGGAACAGAAGAGACUUCUCCAGAAGAGAAAUAUGAAAGCACCGGCAACAUCUAACGCUACAAGAUCUGCCUCGAGCUCGAAGCCCGCUACGAUUCCUGAAGGAGGUACAUCUUCUUCCACAGCUACAGACGCUGCCAAUACAGAAGAGGUCGUAUCACCAAAGAGACCACGGUUUCCGACGAUCAACUACACACGCUCCGCAUGUGGAAAGAUACUCGAAGUGGAUACGGUUCCGCCGACUCCUCGAAGGCGCUCUAGACGCCGUGAUUCCAUGUCUGUGAAACCGUUCAUAGGGUACGAACCCAAAGCCAUCGCAGAGCUGGCGGAGUAUUACUGCCGCACCGAAUAUAAUCUGCCAGUCAUCAUUGACGAGUCCCUCGUUCGUCAACUCUUCGGGAUGCCUGAGCGAGGACGCACAUUGAAAGUCGGAGGAGAAAGCGGCUGGGGCAAAUACGGCAAGGACGUGAAGAUGCAAUUCGACUAUUUCCUCGAGUGA